GCUUUUUCUCUAUUUACGUUUUGCCCGAAAUAAAUGUUUUUGUUUGCACAUUAAAUUUUUAAUUAUGGCGAAAUUACUGCAGCGCGUGGAAGUCACAUUGCGUAGCCUUUACGUAUUCAACUCCAGCUUCGGGGAGCGUGAAGGCGAGGAACAUAAGAAAAUUUUGUUCUAUCAUCCGAAUGACAUUGAACUGAACACAAAAAUCAAGGAUGUGGGUCUUAGCGAGGCCAUCAUACGCUUUACAGGGACUUUCACCUCGGAGGACGAUUGCCAGGCGUUGCACACCCAGAAAACCACUCAACUCUUUUACCAGCCAGAACCAGGAUAUUGGAUGGUCAUGAUGCUCAAUGUGCCCAAGGAAGUGCGCCUGAAGGAGGGCGUGGAGGUGAAUGACUACCGGGGAGCAGAGAUCUCGGACAGGAUCUACAGAGCAAUCCUAAGGCAAUGCUAUCGAAUGUUUUGCCUGCAGCACGGUACCUUCACAGCCCACGGAGUCCUAGAAACGGAUGCCGAGCGGCGAAGGGAACUGCUGGGACAGGAACUGCUCGGUUUCUACGAGAAGUACCUCGCCAGGGACCUAAAGGAUCUGGCCCACUGUGAUAUCAUCGACAUGCUGCAUUCCAUACAGUAUAUGCCACUGGACAAGUCCCUCUUUCUGCGGGCCCAGAAUUUUGGAAUGCUUGCCGAAACCUUUCCGGUUAUUAAGGAGACGGUGAUGCUCUACCAGGAGCAGAUCCUUUGCGGGGGAAAGCUACAGCCGGAGGAUCUCUAUAGCCUGCAUUCGUAUCUAGUGCAAAAUGUACUGAAAGUGGAGGCGAGCAGCUCUAACCUGGCGGUGAGUCCCUCGCUCAAGCGGAGCAUCAGCGAGAGUCAGUUGCCAGGAUUUGUGAGGCAACUAGAAGAGGAAGGGGAGGAUAAGCCCCUGAAGGUCUAUGUGAAUGUGGAGAAGCAAACCAAGACGUAUUACCUGCUCAUCUAUCGUGCUCUCCACAUAACGCUUUGUUUGUUCCUGGAAGCUGAUCAGCCUGCACCCAAACAGGAGCUCUACGAUGAACUAAACCUUUAUUUAAGUGGCCAAUUGACCUCGCUGGCCCGCGACAUAGCCAGCGAGCUGAACAAGGAGGCGGUGGGCUCAGCAGACAGCAACACAAAUGACAGCGAAACGGCAGCCAAGUACUUGUUCAUCAACGAACAGAGCCUGCAGCAUCACACCAACAUGCAGCGACACCUGCCCCAGGGGGGAAUCCCUCGCAAUGUACUAAGCAUCAUUGCGGAUCUGGCUAAUUCCAGUGGGAAAUCCGAAAACCUGGAAGACAGUGCCCCCGCCGAGGAGCUGCAGGUGAAGACCACCAACGAUUACUGGAUUGUGAAGAGGCGCUGCAACUUCCGGCAGUAUUAUGUGAUCCUUUGCAACAGCAAGUUCACCCUGCUGGACGUUACCCAGGAAGCAAGACGCAUUUUCGAACAGGAGCUUACAGAUGAUGUAUUCUUUGACAAAUAAAAAGGAGAAU